GAAGACCAUUUCUAUAUGAUUUUAUUAACACUCGCAUAAAUAACUAAAUUUCACAAAUAUUAAAUGUGGAUAUAGGAGGAUGUCGAAAUGUCAAUUUUUGCUAAUGUGUCACUUUUUUGAUAUGCGAAUGCUGCCAGAGUUUAAUAUGGGAAAAAGGGAUGCCAAAAAAUAAACUUACAAAACAAACUCAAAUGAUUAAAAGAAAAUAAUUACAUGUCAUAUAUGUCAAACAUGUAUUUUAAAAACCUUUAAAAUUAUUACUUUCCUGAAAGUGAAACAAAAUAUAGCGUUUAGAAAAAUGAAAUAAUUUAUUUUGAAAUGGCGGUGCGCCCUCUAGUGAUUUAUUUUACAUUCUCUGCUGUUAGUUAUUUUCGCCGUUUGUUUUGAUAUCAUCUUUAAUCUCUACCUUAUUUCGUGAUUCCACUUCUAUAAAUUUUUUUCGCACAUAACAUUCUAGACGUGCAUGAACAAAGUGGCAGUAAACUAAUUUUAAUUGUAUGAAAAUUAAUUUUACAAUAGUUAAAAGAAUAAAAUAGCACGAUAAAUCACAAUGAAUUUUUUGGAACUACCAGAUUGCAUGUUAAUGGAAAUAUUUGAGUAUCUUACCUAUGAAGAGGUAUCCAAAAACCGAUUAGUUUGCAGAAGAGCAAAUCAAAUUUGUCAACAAGUUUUGAAUGGCGGUUUUAGUCGUGCUGUGCGACAACACUCCACCAUUUUCAAACGUAUCAAAUCAAUGUUACCGCGUAGAGAAUCAGAGAGACGGAAUCAUAGCUUAGCUCGACAUGCUGAUAUUCUUACAUCGAUAGAGACUCGUAUUUCGAUGCUCUCUAUGACAUAUAGUAAGUACAUAGAUCUGAAUCUGUGUUGCUUCAUACCUGGUCGAGUACUAGAUGAAAUCUUCCGAAUUCUUAUAUUGGUAUCAAAAACACGCAAAACACUCCGGCCGCAUGAAGUGCUGCAAGAGCUACGCGACAUAUCUUCUAUGGCAAUAGAGCACUUCGAUGAAAAAAUAGCAAAUAUUCUAAAGCCCUAUGUUGACGCCAGCAGCAACAGAUCUAGCGCCAUUGACCAUAAACGUAUAACGGCUGCAAGUUCCGGUUUGGGUAGCAUAAGCUUCAGUGUCACACAAAGUAAUUCCAAUAUGUGGACCCAGGCGAGUAGUACUUCAAAACUGUUGACAGCUUCAACUCGAACAUCACCGCUAAAAAUGCCCUGCAGUAACUGCAAUGAAGCUAUUCUUAAUAGAAUGGCUGCUCUUAUAAAUGUAAAAUCACCAAAUUCAGAUAGUUCGGAUUCAACUGAUUGGGAUUCCAUAUACACGACAGUGGGUGGGUGCUGUUGUUGUAAAACAACAAAUAUAAAAUCAGACAAUGACGCUAAACAGAAACGCAAUGGAUGUCCAGAGGCAAAAGCAACAAUGUCCAAAUACAAAAAACUUGAAUUAGAAUACAAAAAUGGUGUUCAAAGAAUGAAUCGGAUGCAACAAAUACAGGUACAGCAAUCACGUCGUUUGCAACAGACCAUGAGUACAAUUUCUACCAUGAGUACACAAAUAACUGAAUUAAAGAAACGUUUGGAGGAUUUGGAUGCAAAAAAUCGCGAAAUAUCAGCGAAUAUUAAACAGAUUAAUCCAGGUGCUGGCGAUUCGACAACUGCCACUACAAGCACUACUAGUGUUAUAGCUAAUCAAAAGGAUGAUGAUAUUGCACGUGAUGAUGACGAUGAUACUCUGGCAGGACCCUCAGCUGCUAAAAAACGUCGUUGCGAAGGCACUACAACGCCGCGGAAAAGAAUUUCGGAAUCAAACGAAAAUCUGGAAUAGAAUCCUUUUGAAAUAACAAAUUACAUACAGGAAUCAAAGGUAUUAACUCAUUUCAAGCAAUGUUUAAGAAAUAUAUAGAGAUGCAUAUAUAUGCGCAUAUUCUAAAGUAUGCUUUUAAAAGGUUUCAAUACUGUGUGGUCGUAUGUGGUGUUGAACUAUUUGUAUUGAAAUUCAUCUAUGCCCUUUAAACUACAAAUAUUGCUACCCAUUGUUUAAUAAGGUUCUAAUUAAGCCAUUGUAAAUAGCAAUUUUACACUUAUUUUUGUUGUAGAUAUCUAAAAUAUUUAUUUUGCUAGAAAGAUUUAUACAGCGUGGCGAAUGGCUCAAAAAAACACGUCUGGCGCAAACAUCUAAUAUAUAAAAACCUUUAGAAAGUAUUUGUAAACACCUAGCAGCUAUUUAUUUCUAUCUUGUUUAAAUAAAUUGACUUAUGCCUA